AUGGCUGAUGGUUCCGGUAAAGCGAUUGAAAAUGGUUCUUUGAACCCAACAGAAGCAGAGAAGCCAAAGAUUGAGCCCAUAAGACUGCCCUCGGUUGAGGAAAUCCGUGGUCAGGACAUUUGGAACAAUUGUGCAGUGCGCAGUGUCGUCAGUGGAGUCAUGGGUGGUGGUAUUGGCAUCUUCAUGGGUUUAUUUCUUGGUGCACUGGACAACCCACUGAUGCAGGACGAAAUGACUGGCAGGCAACAGUUUAUAUAUCAAGCAAAGCAGAUGGGUAGAAGGAGUUGGAGCUCAGCCAAAGCAUUUGCUGUUAUGGGUUUAGUAUUCUCAGCUGCUGAAUGUGUUGUCGAGAAGGCUCGAGCAAAACAUGACAUAACAAAUACCGUUGUUGCUGGAUGUGCAACUGGAGGUGCAAUAUCAGCGAAAGGUGGCCCAAAAGCAGCAUGUGCUGGUUGUGCUGGCUUUGCGGCAUUCUCCGUCGUAAUAGAGAAGUUUUUGGAGAGCCAUCAGUAA